AUGGAGCUUGAAAUAUGGCACAUCGUCGUUAUCGCUGUUGGAGGAGCAGUGUUGCUUGGAAUCCUUAUUGGAAUUUGCUAUUGUUGCUGUAAGAAGAAAUCAGUAGAGAAAUCGACAUCUCAAGAGACAUUAGCGAAUAAUAGAACCCUGUCGCCGAGGAACUCACAAGUUAUCUUAGAGAGUGGAAACGAUGAUUUCAAACCAAAGUUUGACGACAUAGAACAAGCCAAUAUCUCCAUCCCUCGACCGACUGGGACUGUCCGAGGCAUUUCCAACCAAGGAUUCAGUCAGGACGACGACAGCCUUCCUCCACCAGAUUACGAGAUCAACAAUGGACUAACAGACAUUGAUAUCAUGCUUCAAGAUGAAUACAACGAGCUCGAUGAUGCCGACUACCCUCCCUCAAAGUAA